UGACGCAACACAUACGCGCCACAACGGCUUCUGGUAAAGCUGGCUUCCGCAACCACCACCACAGCUAUCGUCUUUCAUCGCGUGAUCUUCUCGGCCGAAUUAUUUACGGACAGCUUGCGUCCUUGAGUAGAACAGAGGCAUAAUCAAUCACCAGAUGCAGCUCUGCUUGCCCAUGCGUCGCCCGUCCUAGCAUCAUGGCUCUCGAACCGGGCUCCGGCGCUAUGUCUGGAUCUCCUGAGAGCUCCGGCCGCGAUUCACCUAUUCCCCGGCAGUGGAGAAAUCAGCUGGGCGGUGGCGAUGUUUCCCCAGUCAAGGACAAAGGUCUACGUCGAUAUGCACAAGGCGUAGACAAAGUAUUGACCCUCUUUGAAACAACGCUGGAAGAAUGGGCUGAUUAUAUCUCUUUUCUCAACAAAGUCCUUCGAGCGCUCCGAGCUCGACCAGGAAACUGUACCAUAAUUCCGUCAAAAGCCACCGUCGCAAAGCGUUUGUCGCAAUGUCUCGACCCGAACCUGCCUUCCGGCGUCCAUCAAAAGGCCCUCGAAGUUUACAACUAUAUAUUUGAAGUUAUUGGAAAGGAUGGUCUGUCGCGAGAUCUCCCCUUAUACCUACCCGGCCUUGCACCGACUCUCUCGUUUGCUUCGCUAUCCGUUCGCUCCCCAUUCCUCGAACUUCUCGAAACCCAUUUCACACAUAUUGACGCCCGGUCCUUACGCCCCGCAAUGCGAUCUAUAAUAUUGGCUCUAUUGCCUGGCCUCGAAGAUGAAUCUAGUGAGGAUUUUGACCGCACACUCCACUUGGUAGCCAAGUUCAAAGCUGCUAUCAGGCCUGCGGAGAGCAAAGAGCUGACUGAUCACCAUUCGACUGGCGACGACUUCUUCUGGCAAUGCUUUUUCUUGGCCACCAUUACGAGUCACAGUCGCAGAGCUGGUGCACUUGCCUAUCUUGUUCGCUUUCUACCUGUACUUGGGUCCGCGCCAAAGGGUGACGGCAGCAAGAGUACAGCUCAAGAAAUAGAUCCGGCACUGAUGACUAUUGUAACAUCUCCUGAGCCUGGUCUAUUAGUACGAUGUUUUGCAAGCGGUCUAGCCGACGAGCAGCUGCUCAUUCAAAGAGGCUUCCUGGAUCUGCUCGUUUCCCAUCUUCCUCUCAAUUCGAGCGUGCUACAGAAGCAAGUUAAAUCUGGUGACAUUGAAUUGCUUCUCAAGGCUGCUACCGGCGUAGUCAUUAGGAGAGAUAUGAGUCUCAACCGCCGUCUCUGGGCUUGGCUUCUUGGACCAGAGCCCACGGGACCGGACGGAGACCCCAUUACUGAUAUGGCUACGCUUCCUUCUGACCAGCAGCAGAUGUAUCUUGCCGCUCGAACAAACUUCUUCGAAGAAUAUGGCAUGUCUGCUCUCGUCAAAGCUCUUCUCGAUAUGAUCAGAGAGACAGAAGCCAGUGAUUCCGUCGAGCGAGCUCGUCCUUAUCGAAUUUGCCUCUCACUUAUGGAUAGAUGGGAGAUUGGUGGACUUGUUGUACCUGAAAUAUUCCUCCCCGUCAUCAAAAGUGUCAAGGGCUUUAAAUCUAGUGCUGCAACUGCUGCUGAGUUCAAGGAAGUUCUUCGUAGUGCUAGUGUCUUCUUUGAUGGUAUUGAAAGUGGUCUCAUAUACAGUGAGCUUGUUAGCUUGUUGGCACAAGCCAUUGGUCCUGGCCCCGCGACUACAGAGGAGCGACUGGAAAAGCUAUCUCUUAUUGACUUUGUCAUCUCCAAUUUCAACGUCCGCGAGGAAGAAAUGGUAACUAUCCAUGCACCGUUGACUUGUUUGGCGGCACUAUACAUGCUUGAAGAUUCAAAAGGCCGAAAGUUUUCACCUACCGCAAAUGACAUUAGUCUGAUAAACAAAGUUCUAUCAAUCGUCACCUCACUUUUGGAUCUAAUUCCCGAGCGAGCCUUUCCUGCCAUCUCAAAAGGGUCCGAAGAACGGCACAAGGACUCCGACUUCUCGAAGUCAUUAUCCAAUGUCGAGCUCCUCAAACGCAUCCGAAACUUUUAUGUCAAUGAACAAGGAAAUCUUGAUACAGCCUCAGCACCUUUCACGAAGACUCAAACUGGCCAACUUUUGUUGGACAGAGCAGCGAAAAGCAUGGUUGAGCUGUCAGAUGGCUCGAAUUCUACCAUCGACGUCACGUACAGGGUCAAAAUAUUACUUCUUGUUGUAAUGAAGGUUGAUUCUACAUACAACCUCGAUACUGCCGCAUUACUUGGUCACAUGCAGACUGUUCUGAAAUCAUCAGGCUCUCUGCAAUUUAGUGACUAUUCUUCAUUACUGCUCCUAGCUGUGCAGCUGCACUAUGCCGAAAGAAUCACCCUGGAUGAACUUGCAGAGCUGACAGCACCUCUUGUGAAUCAUGCUUGGUCAUAUCUGUCAGUAUCAGAACCAAAAUACCAUGUCGAGACUGUUAAAUCCCUUUGGCAGUUGCAGACGGCUCUAACAGCUGAACGUCGAGACAUCGAGGCCGCGCUCUCAACUAUAAUCGUGAGGCAGACGACAGCUGGAACUUCUGACAUUGGUCGGGUGUUUAGCAUUUUAUGGUCUCACACGCUCCAGGACAACCAACCUGAAAGACGCGGCUCAAAGGGACAACUCUCAGAUCUAAGGACCAGCCCACGACUAUCGGGUGCCGAGAGCUACCCCAUUAUGCUCUCGCAACCACUCUUCUUAAUUUUGGACACCCUGUUUGAUGAGAGAACAACUCAAUACAUGACCGUCAAAGCAUGGCUUAGCACGAUGAUUGGUAUCGAUAGACUAUACCUCCUGGUUGCCACGAAAUUGGACCAGCUAUCAUUCUUUUCGAUUCCACUAGAAUUUGGAAAGGACAAAGAGCUUGUGGCGGUUCCAAAGCAAUUCACUGAUGAUGAUGAUGUGGAUCUUGGCCUUUACUACCUGCGGGCGUUGAACCAGGUUUUACAAUGUACCAGGGAUACUUCCUGGGGAGUUCUUGCGGCGAAGUACCUGGCAUAUAAUGGCCGUCGUUUGCAUAUUAGUAGCGGUGGCGAAGACGACUCAAUUCCUUUACAGGAAUACUUUGCACGUGUAUGCAUCACUUGCAUCACUUGCACCGCAUCACCGGACGCUGAUGAACACCUACAACAUUCUGUCUCUCAGCUACAACGAUAUGCUCUCAUAGUGCUUCACCAAUUCCUGCGAAGCAGAUGGGCUCCCACGCUUGCUAAACUGAGUCUUGAGAACGUCCUUGUCGAUGCACUAUGGAAGUCUCUCAGUGGGCAAGAUUCUUACAUGCAGAUUCUUCUUCUAGAUGCUGUUCAUGACAGCCUUCAUCUGCAAGAGCUAGCCGUUCCUGAACCACCUACAUCGCCGACUGCAGACAGAAGCCGUCAGAGUCUGGAGCGUCCGCGGGCUCGCCAGCCAUCUGCUGCUGCACCGGAUGUACGCUUUUCCUUACAGCUACCGGCCCAGCUUCUCAAAUGUCUGCAAGCUGGCCUCAGCGCUCCAAGCAGUCAAGCGGUCCUUGAUAGCUGGGUAGUUUUCUUGGGCGAAUGCCUUCCGAUGUACUCGAGCUCCAUCUUUCAGAUCCUAAUCCCUCUGGUUGAGAGUCUGUGUAAGCAAAUCACCAAUACAUUCUCCAAUCUUGCAACAACCUUCCAAACUAGCAAUGCUCCGCUAGGCACUGGCACAGAGGCUCCCGAAUCGACCCUCAUUUACCUCUUAAAUGGACUCGAGCAGGUCUUGGCAAGAGCCCACGAUCAACUCGUGGCGGAUGAGGCACGAGCAGAAUUGGCCAAGGGGCCUGACCAACCUCAGUCGUUGUUCGGUAGCAUGGUCUCGGGCGUGUUUCAAUCAGAUACGCCACAGAGUCGCAGUGCCACAGCGAAUGACAGACUGACAGUUCAUUUGGCAUUCCAAGAUGCUGUGAGAAUAUGCUACAAAAUAUGGUCAUGGGGUCAAGGAGAUGAAGCAGCAAGGCAGGAUACAGCCUCUGCGGCGUCCUUCAACUACACCUCUCUCCGAAUGAGAAACCGCGCUCGCCGCCUCCUGGAGCACCUCUUUGCGACAGAGACCCUUGAAUGUCUAGAAAUUGUCAUUGAUAUAUGGCAUAAUUCAGAAACAGAAGCCGAAUGGUCGCUCUGUUUCGACUUCUUGGCCGCCCUCGAUGCGGCACGACCUAGACAAACAGUGCCAUCCCUCUUCAACUCUAUAUACAGCCGCACUAAUCCAACAGCACUUGACCCGUCUAGGCAGUCAGCCAUGACGGUGUCUUUGGCAGAUACAGAGCUUGCAGCAUUCUUGGUUCAAUAUGCUAGAAGACUAGACGACGACGCCAUGGACGAGAUUUGGGCCGACUGCAUCACGUUUUUGAAAGAUAUCCUAGCCAACCCCCUUCCUCACCGGCAAAUCCUACCUUCUCUUCUAGAGUUUGCCGUUAUUCUUGGGGAAAAGGUAGAUAAUACCAACUUUGGCGACCAGCGUAAAAUGCGCCGCGAGCUAGGCGAUCUCUUCCUCCGCCUCGUUGCCGCCAUGUUUACGACCCGGCCAAUGACCUUCACAGAGCAGAGUAUGAGCGAGAAGUCGGCAACAAUCAAAGGGCCUACUGCGGGAUCAGACGACACAAUUGGUAUCCUUGCCUCUGUAGUGCCUAAUCUGCACAAGGUUGUGCCUGAACAUGACCGAACGCUUUCCGCGGCCAGCACAAUCUCUACAAAUGUAAUCGGACCAAUGCUCAAGUCCAAGAGCUUCCCCGACUCGGUAUCCCGCAGCGCCAUGCGUCUCAUGCAUGAACUAGCGAAGCUACAAAACAACCAGAAGUCGUGGAAGAAGGAUGUGGGAGACGCCUUCAACGACAACCGAUUCUUCGGCAUGAACCUCACUCUGGUUUCCAACGACUGGCUACCGCUGCUCAAGCAAUGGUUCUUUGCAGACAAGGAAAAGAUGCCCGAGAUUGUCUCGCGCAUUGCUGCACCCACAACAGCAGGUAUCGUCUUUGGCGUGGGAGCCACAUCAGCGCGCCUUGAAGCAGACCGCAAGACACAGCUCAACUUGCGCCGCAUCGCAACGCUCAUCCUCGCCGGCACGGAGGAUGCCUUUGUAAUGGACCUUCCCGUCAUCUUUGGCAAGCUGGUUGAGCUUUUGUCGGCAACCAACACAUCCUCGCCAUCUUCGACCACCCGCGCCGAUAUUUACAUGGUGGUGCGUGCUCUGGUUCUUCGCAUGAACCCUGUGCAUCUGUCCAUGCUCUGGCCGGUUAUCAAUUCCGAGAUCCACGCAGCCAUCUCUUCUGUCAUUGCGCCCGACAACAGCGCCGCAGCGGACACAUACGCCAUUGCAUCCAUUUUCCAGGCCUGCAAGCUGCUCGAUCUUCUCAUCUGCCUCGCGCCCGACGACUUCCAGCUGCACGAGUGGCUCUUCAUCACCGACAAUAUCGACGCCAUUUACCGCUCGUCGUCUACGCAACCAGUCGCUCUAGCUGAUGAGAUUUCAGAGGAUCUUGGCAGUGCAGCCUAUGCCGCUACUGCCGGAGGACAUGAGGACAUUGGCAAUGUCAGCGCGCUCAGCGGUGGUUCGCGAAGGCGUCUGCUUCUGGGACCCGGCGGCAUCGGGGACAAUGUGACCUUUGAGCGCAAGGACGAACUGGUGGCCAAGGUGCUGCGGCCGUUCUUUGGGCAGCUGAGCAUCUUUGCAUUUGAGAGUGUGUAUGCCAUGGGAGCACCAGAUACGGAGGCAUAUGUGCAGAGUUUGCUUCGGGAUCUGUUUGACGAAAAGACUAUGGUCAAGGCCUUGUAGAUACUCUUUAAUCAAAAAAGAAAAGACGCAAUAUAUACUAGACAAAAGAUUACGCCAUAGAAUCAUAAAAAAAGAUAACAAUAGUCAUUCAUGUCUUCUCUUUUCUCGACGGUGGUGGUUGUCAUAAACUACUACUACAUCAUGUCCCGCAACUCCAAUAUACAUUAUGAACAAAAGAAAUCAGUCAACGCUCGCUUUCCCCACACUCCAAUUAACUCCUCUCUCUUUCUUUUUUUCUUAUUUUCCAGCUCAUUGCUGAAUGGGAUUACCACCAUCAUCUACUUCAAAGACAACAGCACCGCCUACAGACGGUCCCAUUACUCUAGCAAUAAUGCUCUCAAACGCAGACCUCUCAAUGGCAGCACCAAACACAACACAGCGUACGACACCACGGAACUCGCGCUUAAGAUUCUCCAGCAGGGCCUGGUCAAAGAGGCGUUCGAUAGGGUAUCGCACAGCCAGCUCGAACCACGCCUGGACUGGGGCGAUCUCGUCCGUGCCCGGGUUAAGCGACUGCGCGAGACCGUGCAGCGACUCGAGGCUGACAGGCGAUGCUUGCCAUUGCAGUGUCGGGUUGGUUCGGAAGCGGCUGGUAAAGGCUUUUCGGUCUUUGUAGACAGACUCGGGUGCGCUGGCCAUGAAGUAUGAGGACGCCAUGAGCGUGUGGCCCUUUUCUUCUUCGGUUUGUUCGUUGUGGUGGUGGCAGUCGCCGGGCCAGAAAUGGUCCCAACAGCAGUGUUCGAGGCUGCAUAGUGUUAGAGUGUAUACAUGAUAAUAGCAGCGGGCUAAACCUACGCUAAGAUGAAGUUGAUAGCCUGGAGUUCUUGGCUCGGGGUGAGUUGGAUACGGCCGGCAAGCCAGCCUUCGCUCGAGGUGGAGGGUGAAGCGGCGCCGACUGAGUAUGGGCUGAUGCUAAAGAUGGGCGUGCCCAUAGUCUUAUUACUGCUAAGAGUGACGGUCAUGUCAUACUCGCUGCUCAGAGAUUCGAGGGCGUAUGGGUGGAAGUUGGGCGUGUAGGAGCUUAGGUCCGACUGUGCGGAUGGUGUGAGAGCGCCAGACUCGGCGACUUGAGAGGUCGAGCCGGCCGUAGUCAAGCCUGGUGUGGAGGAGCCGUUUCGAAUGAGGGCGUUUCGGAUCAAGUCAUUUUCGGCCUUGAGCGUAUCCGAGUCCCGCUGGAUCUGGGUGACCAUCUCACGCAGCUGGGAGAUGUCGAGUUCGAGCUGUUUGACAUAGUUUGCUUUUCGCUGGCGAUGUUCGAUCUGGGCCUUUCUGACCUGGGCACGUCGGGCUUGUGCUUUCUCCUUGGCCGCCUGGGCUGUGCUAUCUGUGGCUGCGUACAUUUCAGUUCUUCUGUUCAAGGCAUGUCUGGCAAUGGCCUGCGAGUCUGGAGACCGGCUCCGUCUUCGCGAUAAGAACGGCAUAUGUGUAUCUGUGUGUGUAUAUGAUGUGUGACGUGACGGGUGAAUAGAUUGUUGAUAGUGGAAGAAAAUCAACAGCAGUCAACAAAAGGCAAAAUAGGAGGAAGAGUAGAGUAGAAGAGAAAGAAAAGCAGAUGCGGUGAUGUGUCGAUGACGGGAAGGGCAUGGCACACACGCCCAAUAUACCCGACUAUCCACGGCGACGAGGUCCCCGCAAGGUCAGGCGCGCGCGCGGUAGAAAUAUGGAAUUAUGAUGCAUGGCAAAUAGCGGCGGCAUCUAGCAGCGGCGGCGGCGAUUGAUAUUUGGCAUUGCGCUAGCAGCCAGCAGCCAAAGGUUAUCGGGGGGCGCGGGAGGGAAGCGGGCAUCAGCAAGCAACAGACAGUGAUUUGUCAUUGCUGGUCUCGCGUAAUGGCGAGCCUGCCAGCAAAAGCAAGAACCAAAGCUGACUUGCUAUUCAUCGGGCUUGCAACGAUGGAGAUAAGAGAGAAGAGGGAAAAAAAUAUGGGUGGAGGAAAUAAAGCAAGACAUCAAUCAAUCAAUACUCACAGGAGCUUAUCUCAUCAUCGCUCGACUUCGCCGCUCGCUUCUUCUUACUGUCCGUCUUGGCCGCCUUUUGCUUCUGCUGCUCUUCCUUUUGCUGCUGCUUUGUCUUUUUGAGAAAGGAAAGGAAGCUGGGCUUUUCAAUGGCAUCGCCAGAGGCCAAUGCGCUGGAGCUGCUGCUUGCCAUGACGCGAUGGGUGAUGUUGGGCGUGAUUGUCGUAGUGUAAUUACUGUCUCUUGGUCUGCAAAAGCAGGUUAUCGCAUGCGACUGUGGUGUAGUGCGUGCAGAUCGAGAUUCACAAGCGUCCUUUUUAGAACCAAAGCCCUGGACGGCAGCCGGAGCAGCAAACUGGAAUCGCAAUGUUCCGGUUUGGCGGUGAUUUUGGCGUGAUUUGAGAACGUUGCGUCUCGCAAUGCCUGUGACGGCUCACUAAAGACCGUGCUCUUACAGUACGG